AUGCGUACAUGUUUAUUGCUUGUACUGGGACUCAGCAUCUCGGUUGCCUCGGCGGACAACGGUCGACCCAAGACGGCGACCUGGGCUACCAAGCCAGUGGGCCCUGACGGUCCUUGGAACGCCGUUCGGGUUUCCAUAGGAGGCGACUCCCAGCCUCUUAUGCUUUUUCCCGGCCGCCUAUGGCAGACCAUUGUGCCAACGUCGAGCUAUUGCUCCAAGAAUGCCUCAACGGGUCACUGUACUUCCGGGACGUACCUCAAGGACAAGGCUGUAGCUGACCAGCUGAAUGGGAUACAGUUCAAGACCGACGUCCAAGACGUAAUGGCUGGAGUGCAGAUGAAGGGUAAAAACCUCGACACCUAUUCCGAUACCUGCGAUGUGGUCGGCGAAGCGGUACCGAACUGCUCGCUUGCCCUGGUUGACGAUCAGAUGAUGGCAUAUCCAGGCGGACAGUGGUUUCCUCUUUUUGCCGGCUGUCUCUCCCUAGGAGCUGGCGCUGAUAACCAGUCGUACGGCUUGCCGGGCAGAGACUUGAUAAAUGCGACCAUCUUUCCCUGGUAUCUUUACCGAAAUGGCGCAGUGCCAUCUAGUUCGUUCGGUAUGCACAUCGGCUCGGCGUCCGCGGCAUCCCCUAUGCAGGGAUCUCUCAGCUUUGGCGGCUUUGACAGAAAUCGCCUUACCGGAGACGUGCUGACUCUGGCGGGUGAGCCAUCAACACCAGUCUUACUCACAGAUAUAAGCAUCAAGGUCGUCAGGGGACCAUCGCCGUUUGACCUUUCCGAUAAGAAGGCGAAUCUCUUGCUAAAGGGAAACUCAUCAAUGCCAAAGACGGGGAUACCCGUGACCCUGGACGGAUGCAGCCCCUAUCUGACAUUGCCCAGGACGACUUGCGAGGGUAUUUCGGCCCAUCUGCCCGUCACGUACAACGGCUCCUUGGGCUUGUACCUGUGGAACACCAAGGACCCGCGGUACAAAGACAUUGUCAACUCGGCCUCGGUUCUCAGCUUCUCAUUCAUGGGCAGUGACAACACAAAAUCAGUGGCCGUUCAUGUGCCUUUUCAACAUCUCAACCUUACCCUCGAACCUCCACUGGUGGACGAGCCAGUUCCGUAUUUUCCCUGCAGCACUGGAGGAACUGGCUCCUACGUGCUCGGCCGAGCCUUCCUGCAGGACGCAUUCCUCGCUGGCAAUUGGCACAAAGAAACUUGGUGGCUGGGUCAAGCUCCGGGUCCGAACAUCCCGGCCAAUGCCGACGUCGUCAGUAUGCAGCCAGAUGACGUCUCUAUCCGAGGAAGUGGCAACGACUGGGUGGCGUCUUGGGAUCCUAUCUGGUCAAGUCUCGCAGCGUCCAAUAGCGGCCCUUCCGUACCCCAGGGACAAGGGGCUGAAUCGAAAUCAGACCUGGGCCUUUCAACAGGAGGCAAGGCAGGAAUUAGCAUUGGCGCCACUGCUGCAGUUCUCGUCAUCCUUGGUGCCUUGUUGAUUUGGUGGUGCAAACGCAAACAUGGGAAACAAGCCACCCAGGAGCCAUGCCAAGAGACAUACUUCAGGGAGAAAGAGGGGAUGCCAGGUGCCAGCAUGUAUGAGCCCAAGUGUGUGCCAUAUACGCCGCAAAUACACGAGACUUCCGGCAAACCUGUGCAAAUAACGCAGCCGGUGUAUGAGUUGUCAUAG